AGAGACCUAAGACCGGAUCUGCAUAGUCGAACCUGGAUCUGCGCUCCGUCGCGGCUACGGCUUGCCGCCGCUAACUCUGCCAGAGUCUGCGCACCAUCGCGGCUACGGCUUGCCGCCUUUAUUUCCGCCAUCAACCUAACUGCCAUUCCAACUUCUACAGAUAUUCCAAUAGAAACUCUUCAAACUCUCUUCAUUCAGGAUCUUACAAGAUAGGCUUCAUCAUACUCCGUAAAUUGGUUGUUCCAUAACGAUUUUAGAAUCAGCUUUGCAUCUAUCUUCCCAAUGGAGAAUCCCCAGCUCAAAGAGAUAAUAGAGAAGCAAGUGUUGACGGUGGCCAAGGCCGUAGAGGAUAAGAUCGAUGAGGAAAUUGCGGCCCUAGAUCGGCUAGAUCUCGACGAUAUAGAGGUGCUCAGGGAGCGCAGAUUGCAGCAGAUGAAGAAAAUGGCCGAGAAGCAGAGCCGCUGGAAAUCUCUUGGCCACGGCGAGUAUUCCGAGAUAAUGGCCGAGAAAGAUUUCUUCUCCGUGGUUAAGGCCAGCGAGCGUGUUGUCUGCCAUUUCUACCGUGAGAAUUGGCCUUGCAAGGUAGUGGAUAAGCAUAUGCGUAUAUUGGCAGAACGGCAUAUGGAGACGCGUUUUGUAAAAAUUCAUGCUGAGAAAAGCCCGUUCUUGGCUGAGAAGCUGAAGAUUACUGUUCUCCCCACAAUUGCCCUUGUUAAAAAUGCUAAAGUAGAGGAUUAUGUGGUUGGUUUUGAUGAGCUCGGGGGAAAAGAUGAUUUUACGACGGAGGAACUAGAAGAGAGGUUAGCCAAAGCUGGAGUCAUCAAUCUUGAGUCUGAGUCUUCUUCUCUAAUGGCAUCAAAAUCAAAAUCUCAACAAAGGAGUGUUCGCCAAAGCUCAAAUGCAGAUUCAUCUGACUCGGAAUAAAUCGCAAAUGAAAAUGUUUUGUGAAAGAACCCAAACUUCUGUACUUUCGUUUGUUCAGAAACAUGUAGGGUAACUCUUACAAAAUUGUGAACUCAAUCUUGAGUUGUUUUCAGAUACCAUAUAACCCAUUUCCAAAAUCUAGUGUUUAAGAAAAUUGGUAAAUUAAA